AUGACGGAUACACUGAAGAUGGAAAAAUUUAUCGCGUUUUUAAAAGUGGAUUUGUUAUUCGCUUGUUGCUGGCCAUUACCACCAACUGCCACAAAAUGCGAAAAAAUACGCAACAAAAUAUUUCGCUGUCUUUCUAUUCUACACGGGAUACUUAUGAUGGUUGAAAUAAUAUAUACAAUUUAUAGCAAUCGCUCGGAUUUAUUUUUGAUAAUGAAAUUAUGCUGUAAUUUAUGUACCACUACUGAAGUUCCUUUGCAAAUCAUGUGCUACUCUCUUCAAUAUGAUCGUCUUCAAUACGUGAUUUACGCCUUGGAAGAUUAUUGCAAACAAGCGAAACCAGAAGAACAUAUUAUUUUUCAUCAAUACAUUAACAGCUGUAAACCGGUUUAUAUAGGCGCAGUGUGUGGCUUCACCAUUACCGGCAUAUUGCUCAUCAUUAGUCCUAUAAUAGGACCUCAUCCUUUUCCCAUGGACAUUGAAUAUCCGUUUUCCAUACAUUUUACACCUGUGAAAAUUAUCAUUUAUCUACAUCAUAUAUUUAUUAUAUAUCAAAGUUAUGUACAGGUGUGCUCAAUGAUUUUUAUCGCACUUCUGUUAUGGUUUGUGUCAGCGAGAUGUGAUAUCUUAUCAAAUAAAUUUCGAGCCGUCACGAAAUUUUCCGAGUUACGUGAGUGCCUAAAAGAACACCAAGAAUUAUUGUGGUAUGGAAAAAUGGUUGUUCUUUCUAUUCGAUACGUCAUGUUAGCGGCGUUAGGUGUCAGUACGAUAGUUAUCAUUUUUACUGGUUGUACUUUUCUUAGCAAACAACCAAUGUCAGUAAAGUCAACAUUUUUAAUCUUCUUUAUUUCAUCUCUCGCAAAAGUAUUUUUGUGUGCAUGGCCGGCCGAUCAUUUGUUGAGUGCAAGCGCUAAUAUUGCAUAUGCUGCAUACGAUUCGAUAUGGUAUAAUGAGAAAGCUGAUUUUCAGAAAAAUUUUGUAAACACUCUGUUACGUGCCCAACAAUCUAUUGUUGUGAAUGUCCCCCCUAUGUUACCAACUGUUUCGUUAAAUUAUUAUGCCUCAUACGUUUCAACUGCCUUCUCUUAUUUGGCCACUUUUCGAGUUAUAUUUGCAGAAGAGGACGAUUAA